AUGCCGUUUGGUGUGACUAACGCCCUCGCUUUUUUCAUGGACUACAUGAACCGAAUCUUCAGGCCAUUCCUGGAUAAGUUCGUGGUGAUUUUCAUAGAUGACAUCUUGAUUUACUCACAGACUCCAGAGGAACAUGCAGAGCAUCUGAAGAUAGUUCUAAGCAUACUGAGGGAGAAGCAGUUGUAUGCAAAACGGUCAAAAUCGGCUCAAGGCAUAGCAGUAGAUCCGUCUAAAGUAGAAGCUGUGCUAAAUUGGGAACGCCCUAAGUUAGUGACUGAAAUAAGGAGCUUCGUGGGGCUGGCAGGUUACUAUAGGAGAUUCAUUGAAGGAUUCUCCAAGAUAGCAGGACCCUUGACCCAGUUAACCCGCAAGGAUCAACCUUUUGCUUGGACCGACCGGUGUGAAGAGAGCUUUCUAAAGCUAAAGCAAAAGUUGACUGGCGCUCCAGUGUUGGUGCUUCUCAUCAGGAUUGGGAUGUGUUCUGAUGCAAGAAUGGAGAGUGGUGGCAUACGCCUCACAACAGUUGAAGAAUCAUGA